AUGAUCCGCAAAGAACAUUCCUUCUCUUUCUCUUCUUUUUCCUAUAACAAACAUGACGAUCCCACCUACUUACUUGAGGGGGCCGUUGACCACGAAGACUUUGCUGGCAAUGCGGGGACAAUCGAGGCAGGAGAUCUACAAUUCAUGACAGCAGGAAAGGGCAUAAUGCAUGCUGAGAUGCCGAGACAGAAUCCUGAUGGCAGCGCGAAUAUUGGCAUGCAGUUGUGGGUUGAUCUCCCAGAGAAACUCAAGAAAUGCGAGCCAAGAUACCGUGACUUGAGGGCGGGGGAAAUACCGAAUAUCGAUAUCGAUGAGGGAAAGGUGCAUGUCAAAAUCAUCUCGGGCCAAAGCCACGGCGUCGAUAGUGUCAAGGAAUUGGCGUAUACACCAGUUUGGAUCCUUGAUAUCGAGAUCAAGCCAGGAGGAAAGAUCGUUCAGAGUUUACCCGAAGGCUGGAAUGCUUUUGCCUAUACUUUGAGCGGAAGCACCGCAUUCGGAGUUGGCAAGGACAAGACAACGAUUUGCCAGUACCACAAUGUGGUAUUUGAGCAAAAGGGUGAUGAAGUCAAUGCUGAGGUUGCGGAAGACGCAAAGGAGAAUGGACAUUUCAUCCUCGUUGCCGGUCUCCCACUCGAUCAAAAAGUCGUCCAGUACGGACCUUUCGUUCUCAACUCGCAAGAAGAAGUUUACCAAGCUAUGAUGGAUUUUCAGACGCAUUCAAAUGGAUUUGAACGAGCGAAGGGAUGGCAGAGUGAGAUUGGGAAGAGUAUGGUUCAUUGA